GAGUGUGUGUGUGUGUGUGUUUCUCUCUCUCCCGCACACACAAACGCGCACACACACAGUGGAAUCACACGCACGCUCCCUCCCCUUGGAUCUGGAGGUCUUCCUGGAUUCUCCAACUUCUUCUUUCUCCGCUCCGGUUUUUCUUCUUCUGCUCUCCUUCCAGAUGUUCUUAGAUGUUCUCCGGUGGUUCUUUUGGCGGGUGAGCAGCACCGGUUGAAUCGGGCCUAAUGAGCAUCAGCAGCACCAGUCUGAGCGACCAAUCACAGCGCUCCCCCACCGGCGGACCUCCGUGAGGCCAGGAGGCGCAGCGAGCGGCGGAGCCUGUUUGUCGGCUGGAGAUGGAGCAGAGCGCCCGCCUCGGUGCGCUCCGAACUUCCACCAUCUGAGGAGGGGAAAAGGCGGACUGUUGGAGCUUCAGCGCAUGUAUCAGAGAGUUCUGCAGGAUUACGAACCGGAGCGGAACCGGUGAGGAGCCAGAACAGGUGUCAGCAGAGCCAGCAACAGUGCGCAGACUCCCCGCAUCCGUCCAGCAGCAGCGGCGCAGGAAUAAGAAAAAGAACAAGAAGAAGAAAAAGAGUGGCCCCCCAGGAGAACCUUUUCGGAACAUUAGUCAGAGGAGAAACCGCUGCUGCUUCCCUCCUCGGAAGGUUAGAGGAGCUCGUAACCGAAACCGGCGGCGGUGGCAUCUCCCCCCCUCAUCCUCCCGGUCUGUGCCUACAUCCCCCGCCACAGAUAGGGACGUUCUGAUAAUUACAUGUAAUUAUAAUUUCUGUGGGAGACAGAUCUGCCUCUGUCUAUUAUUGCCCAACACCUCCGACACAAUAACUCCACGCCAUUUACAUAUUUCCUCUCCGCACAAAAAGUGAUAUUUCUUCCGAGGCGAAUUUCACUUGUGAAUCCGAGAUCCGACUGAGUGACACUGUGUGCCUGAAAGCUUCAACAUCCUGACGUUUGACUCAUUCUGCAGGGCCGGUUUACGAUCGGCCACAGUCCCAGACUCUCACUGAUUGUUUACAGCAGCAGAAAGCACCAAAUAUACGACAUAAACGCAGAUUUAAUGCGUGUCCCCCCCCCCCAGAUUUGCUAAAUAAGUGCCCAGUCUGAAUGUACAGAAGAGCGAGCAAAGUGUUUACAUCAAAGUGCCACGACCAGCGCAGGAAUGUACCCGAACGCCACAUUUCACUCAGAAUAGCUUCACCUCCUCUUGGACUGAAAAGCAGCGAGAUCGUUGUUCCCAGUUUGUCCUUUUUUUAAUCGUACAUUCUGGAGCUUCCACAGUUCCUUUCCUGCAGGUUUUAAUAGCAGAACUGCUAAAAAGCAUCCUGCCAGUGUUUGUCCCUCUGCAGCUCCAUCGCUCCCGACCUUUUGUAAUUAUUAUUUCACUGACGGCAGCAGAGAACAGACUUCCAGCGGCCGGCUCCGUCCUGAAUGAGCUCAGGAACCCUUCAGCUUUAGUGGGUUAAACUAGCGGAUACAGCGUUGUGGCUGCAUUGACUCAACAACAGAAAAUAGAUGUCUUAGUCAUGUAAAAAUGACGCCCACCACCAAUCUCCGAGUCCUCGCCGUCUCCCUGCUCUCCCUCCUCGCCGCCCCCCUCACCACCGUGGUGGAGACCUCAGCGUCCCCCCCUCCUCAGCCCCCCAGCCGGCUGCCCGACGCCGGCCCCUCACUGCUCCUCGCCAUCCAACCGGCCGCCCUCCAGGGCCGGACCAAAACCCCGGAGUCGGACUCUCCGGACGGGGUCCUGGAGACGCCUCGGAGGCCCCUCCCCCAGGUGAUGUUCCCCAAGAACGUCACCUCGUCGGAGGCCCUGGCGCCGCCGCUGGGAGCCGCCCAGGUGGCGCCGAUCCCGCCCCGCAUGGUGGAGCUGUGGAUGGACGUGUGCCGGGGCUACUACGACGUGAUGGGGCACUUCGACAGCGCUUUCAACUGCUCCAAAGACACCUACUUGUACUGCUGCGGGACCUGCCACUACCGGUUCUGCUGCCCAGACCGGAGCCGGCAGCUGGACCAGGACAGCUGCAGGAACUACCACUCCCCGGACUGGGCCAAGCCGCAGACGGAGACCAUGAUCAUCCCUGAGGAGCUGACCAACGAGCCCGACUUCGACCCGCUGAAGCUGCAGAGUCACAACACCGGCUUCGUGAUCGGCGGCGUGGUGGUGUUCAUGGUGGCCGUGGCCGUGGGCAUCAAGGUGGUCUUCAACAAGGUGCAGCAGGAGGCCCAGCAGAGGGACCUGAACAUGCCCAGAGCCCUGGUGGACAUGUUGCGGCACCAGUCGAGUCCGGUGCAGCAGGACGAGAGGAACAACAGUGUGGCCCUGGCGGUGACAGACGGUCAGGGGACGCUGGGGAGGCCUCCGAAGAACCUGUACGCCCCGGGACUGCCCAGCAAGGACAACAGAUUGGGCAAUUUGCAGCACAAUUUCAUCCACUCGUCAGGCUCCAGCCCCAAACACACGGCAACCAUCGAACGAACACCUCGGAUGAACAACGCUCAGCUGGCGGCCGGAGGAACGCUGCUCUCCAGCAAGCACAACAACACCAAGUCCCAGCCCUCCUUCCACCACUCCCUGCACAACCUGGCCCAGCUGCCACCCUCCUACGAGAGCGCCACUAAGCCCGAGCUCAACCGAUACUCGUCGCUCAAACGACUCGAGAAAGGUCUGGAUGAAUAUUCGUCUGGUUACUGCACUACCAAGCGUCGUCCCCACACUGCCCAGCCGGCCCUCCAGUCCUCCCAGCACCACCUCCACUGGGGCGGGGACUACACCCUGAGCGGCAGAGGGACCCUCCCCCGGCAUGCCGCCCGCCCCUGGAUCCCGCCGCCGCCCUCCGGCAUGCCUGCCUCGCCCACCCCCAACCCAUACCCCCUGGACCCGCCCGAGCCCCAGUUCAACCCCAACUACGACACCCUGUCCAAGCCGCCGAGGAAGGUCAAGUCCACCGACCAACUGCUCAACAUGGGCGAUGUCCCCGGGAACACCGGCACCUUGUCGCGGCUCUCCAAGAACCAGCAGCACCAGUACUACAAAGCCAUGGCGGCCUCCAACAAGAACUCCAACACGCAGACGCUCACCAGGAAGAGGGACGACCGACGGGAUGAUCGGAGGGACGAUCGAAGGGACGAUCGAAGGGAUGACCGAAGGGAUGAUCGAAGGGACGACCGAAGGGACGACCGAAGGGACGACCGAAGGGACGACCGAAGGGACGAUCGAAGGGACGACCGAAGGGACGAUCGAAGGGACGACCGAAGGGACGACCGAAGGGACGACCGAAGGGACGACAGAAGGGACGACAGAAGGGAUGACCGGAGGGACGAUCGGAGGGACGACCGGAGGGAGGAUAGGCUGCUGAUGUCCCCCGACCACCUGGAGGACAGGCUGGGCGGGAUGGGCGUGGUGGAUCCCUACGCCCACACGGGCGGCAUCGUCCCCACACUUCCCCGCCAGCAGAAGGCCCAGUCCCAGCAGAACGUCUGUGCCACGCCCUCCCUGGACCGCCACCACAUGAUCAAGAUGAACUCUCACCCAACAUCCGGGCGCGAGCAGGAGCGGAGCAACGCCACCAUGACCGGCCACAUGAGCGGAGGGAUGGGCUGGACGGGGGAGAUGCCCGGGUCUGGUGGGGUCGUCAUGGGAACGGGAACACUGGGGGGCCACAGCGCCAGGAGGAUGGCUUUCGCAGCCAAAAGGCAGAACACCAUCGAGCAGCUACAUUUCAUACCGGGAGGUGGCGGCACUGGCAGCAGCGGUGGCGGGGGGUCAGCAGGCAGCGGCGGAGGCAGCCAGGGCAUCAGGACGGGGAGUAAAAAUGAGGUGACGGUGUGAGUUCAACAACUAGAUCUACAGCUAAACUAGAAGUAUCAAGUAUAAUAGUACCAGUAUCAUGUCUUUAUUCAGAUUAGUGUUAAUUGUAAUUAAAUAGCUUGAAUAUUAUCAGAUUAAAGCUCUCGGAAGGGGAACAGCGGUUCGCCUGUGUGAUAGCCUAACAGUACAUCAGCCAUAUUUUGUAACCGAAUUCGCCAUAUUGCCAUAAACAGCGGUGCCAUUUCUCAGAGAGACUGACUGGGAGGGAAUCAGGAGUGUCGUUCAUAUUUAGUUUUUAUAUAUGUUUCUAAAGAAGUACUCAGGAGCCAUAUUAGAUAGAGAACUGUGUGGAAUAUUAAUAUCACAGAGAUUCAGAACCGCCGACCUGAACUGUCUGCUCACCGAUUUACAAACUGGACCUGAACUUUACUCUGGAUUCUGGAGGUCUCAGACUCAACUUGACUCUUGUUGCUUCAAAGCGAGCAGACAAAGCGUGGGCCGGUUCCGAUUUGAAGUGACGUGCCCACGUUGCCGAUCCGAUGCCUGGGUUGCCUCGUUUUCCAUGUGACCUUAGCUGAAACCCCCAGAGGAGCUCGCCCUGAUCCGGUGAGUUCCCACCUGUAGAUCAGGACCUACCUGUACAAACAAUGGGCUACCAAAUAAUACAGAGCCAUCUAAAAAACAAGCAGAAACUGAAAAAUCUGACAGAACCGAGAGACGAAAGUGUUCAGUUUACCGACGAAGAGGCUUUAAUGUAGGUUGGAAGGUUUUUCUACAGAGCACAAAUGAGUAGACGUGACGCAGAGGUUGCACUUACACAACUGUCCUUCAAAGCCAUUUAUGGAAGUACAAAAAAAAACAGCACAGGGUAAGCUGGUCUGACAAUCACUGAUUUAUUCUUGUAUUACUGAUAUUAUUCUCGCCAGGUGACAGAUUAUCAGUGAGAUUCUGUACAGGAUGAGGGCGACCCGAGGCCUCCUCCUGCACGGCGGCGAGUGCCAUAAGAGACUCGGAUGGUUAGGAAGCCCUUCCCGUCCUCGACACCAAGACCUGCUGUAUCAUAACGCACUUCAGCCAGUUAAAAAAAACACAAAAAACCCCAUAAAAAAACAACCAAAAAAAAUAGAAAAGAGAAAAAACCAUCAAUAACAACGCUUCUCAAUACUAAGGGCUAUCCUAUCCUAUAUACUGUAGUCUGUGAUAUCUGUGGUCCAUAUAAAUGCUAUCUCUUUCUAUUGAUUUUGUGUUGAUAUUGUCAUGAUGUAUUAAGUAUUACUGUGUGCAACAACAACAACAACAAAAAAGAGCAAUCUAAGCACAGUUCAAAGAUGGAGACUAAACUUUUGCACAAUUCUACCCCCCUGAUAUUUGCACCGGACGCUUUGUGUCCCCGAGGUUUACAUUCAGCUGGUCGACGGACGGACGGACGGACGGACGGACGGACAGAUGGAAGGAUUUCUUUAGUUUUCUAUCAGAGGUUAUAAUCGCAGCUCGGUUCUGAAGACAGAUUCCACAUUUGGACAAUCUUCCUAUACACAGUGCUCGGUGUAGUUGUUCUGAAUAUGAUGGAGUGUUAUUAUUAAUAAUUAUUAUAACUGUUAUGGUUAUUAUUAACAAUUAUCUUAUGGUGUGAUGUUCUUUUACUUGGUGGGAUUUAAGUGUUUAUUGUUUUUUAAGGUAACUCUCACGACUAGUCGGUCUUUCUUUCCAUACAUCUUGGUCACGACGUUUCUAGAACAUUCCAGAUCUUGAUGCAUGCCAGCUCCAUUCCACAGAGAGGCCCGGAUUUUUAACGGUCGCUGCCGGUCGACUCUCCAGCUGUGUGCCUCGACAUCGGCCUUACGACUUCGGUUUUUUUCCCACUCAAAAACGCCGAAAACAAUCUGCAGCCUUCUAGAUGUGAGUGUAGGUGAAACAGCCAGCGAGGGACGGUUAGGACUCACCGAGGGUUCUCCGCCUGCAGAACCCGCGACGCCAUAAACGUAUGAGUGUUGGGAUGAAUGUUUAUUACGCAGGUUGGAGACAGACGGACGGACACCCCGAACGCUUCGAGUGUCUUUUUCAGGGAAAUAGGACAGAUGACAUACAGUAGUAUUAGAUUUUUAAAAAAAAUAGAGCCACAAAAAGGUCUGUAGCAAAGUCUGUAAAAUCUCACAAGCCAUAUCCAUCGAAAUCAUCAUCAUCGCGAUUUUAUAAAUGGUUAAUCUAAUUUGUGCAAGUAUCGUAUUUUGUAUAGCUAGUACAAUCAGAAUAUUUUGAGUGACAUUAAUUUGAGGAUUCUAAGAAAAAUAAAUAAAAAACCUCUGUGUUAGUAUUUAAUGAAUUGUACAGUGCCGAACUCAUAGCAUUUUGUCGUCUCUUUUUAUUGUCACGAACCUCCUCGGCCGGUUUAUUUCAGAAGGCGGGAGGUCAAGAGGCUCGUUUUCAGACGGAAAUGAAUGAAUAUGGUGCCAGUUUUUACCAUUAUGAAUUCAUUUAGAGCGCGGAGGGUUCACGGCCACCCAUUACAAAUUAUGGAUUUAUUUUCAUGCCUAUAAAUUUCAAAUCGACCCUUUUGUUAUUGUUUGAUGCAUUGAUCCCCUUGGAUACGACAGUGACUUACACAGAAUUUGUAUAAUAAAGUUGGUGGGAAAAAACAACAA